AUGCAACGAUCAAGUGGAGCGAUCAUUUCUCAGCUUAAACAAUUUUUAAUUCCUCCUUUGAGUCAUCAUGCCCAUAAAGGUCAAGCAGGAAGAAUUGCGGUUAUCGGAGGAAGUGAAGAAUAUACUGGAGCUCCUUAUUAUUCAGCAAUAUCUGCGUUGAAAUGUGGAGCUGAUUUGUCUUUUGUAAUUUGCUCGAAAUUGGCCAGUGUGAUUAAAUCCUAUUCUCCAGAGUUGAUUGUGUACCCAUUCAUGUAUGAAAAAUCAAGUGUAGAUUAUGGAACGAUCAGUGAAACUCCUCGGUUAUUUUCUCAAGAUGAUGAAUUUAAACAAUUCAUGAAAAACACUUACGAAAGUAUAUUUAGAAGAAUUAAUAGUGUGGUGUUGGGUCCCGGCUUAGGAAGAUCGAAAGAAAUUCUUCAACAAGCUGAAUGGUUUAUUAGUUAUUGCAACGAGCUAAAUAUGCCAUUAGUACUAGAUGGAGAUGGUCUGUUUUUAAUUGGAGAAAAGCCUGAAUUGAUUCAAGGACAGCAAAACGUUAUUCUUACUCCAAAUCCUGCGGAAUUUCAGAGAUUAUUUUCAAAGGUAAUUGAUUAUUACAAUAAGAGUUCCACAGAAAAAGUUUCAUCGUCUCAAUUUAAGACAGAGCUUGAAGAGUUGACCUUUGUUUCCAAAGCGCUUGGUAACGUUUGUAUUGUAAGAAAAGGGCUUGUUGAUAUUAUUUCCAUUGGAGAUCAUUAUGUAGAAUGUGAAAUAUUGUCUCCAUCUCCAAGAAGGUGUGGCGGACAGGGAGAUGUUUUAACUGGAUUAAUCGCAACCUUCUCCUAUUGGGCUAAUUGGGAAAGAAAAGAGGUUUCCACCAAGUUAAGUCACGAGGAGAAGAUCUUGGCUGCAUGUUAUGGUAGUUGUUUGGUUCAAAAAAAGGCAGCUCAGCUAGCUUUUGCACAACACCAUCGAUCCACGACUACUCCAAAUAUAAUUGAUAAAAUUGGAGAGGCAUUCUCUGAGGCAUUCAAGGAAGAUAACUAA